GGUGGAGGGCGAGGAGGAGGAGGAGGAGGAGGAAGGGGACGGAGACGAGGGCGAGGGUGGUAAGGGCGGCGGUACCGGAGCCGGUGCUGCUUCCUCGCAAGCUCGUUAUUCUCCCAAGUACGAGGUGCGCAAGAGCCAUAUCGUCGAUGCGAGGAUGCCUCGUGCCUUGCCAACGAGACGAGGCCUGCAGGCUUUGGCCCUCGUACUUGCUACCGCCUAUGUCACCAUUCUCCUCUACCAGGCAGUGGCACCUCGUCAGUGGAUCGAAGAGAUAAGCAGCGAGGUCAACGGUAGAAACGAGCCCUUGAUCGAAGUAUCCGCGCCGAGAAGGAUCGUAAUCGGCGAAGGAGGCUCGGCGAUGACCCCACCGCUCGCCACGGCCACGAUGGUACCCUUCUCGACGAAUCUGGAUGACGUGUUUAUCAGCGUCAAAACUACCAAGCACUAUCAUCGUUCUCGUUUGCCGGCCAUCAUCGGCACAUGGUUCCAAUUUGCCAAGGAUCAGACGUGGUUUUUCACCGAUCGAGAGGAUCCAUACUUUCAGAAUCAAACGAACGGCCACAUGAUCGAUACCAAGUGUUCGUCCUCUCACAAUAGACGAGCCCUUUGCUGCAAGAUGUCCGUCGAGUUUGACAGAUUUCUCGAGAGCGGUCGAAAGUGGUUCUGCCACUUCGAUGACGAUAAUUACGUGAACGUACCACGCCUUCUGAAGCUCCUGGACAAUUACAACCCACGGGAGGAUUGGUAUCUCGGCAGGCCUUCGAUACCAGCCCCUUUGGAAAUCAUCAGGCAGGGACCAGAGCCAUCGAAACGACCGCAAAAGGUCAGAUUCUGGUUCGCUACGGGCGGAGCUGGAUUUUGCAUCAGCAGAGCGUUAGCCCUGAAAAUGACGCCGCUCGCUGGAGGCGGAAAGUUCAUCACCGUAGGCGAUAGGAUCAGGCUACCCGAUGACGUAACCAUGGGAUAUAUCAUCGAGUACCUUUUGAAGAAGCAGCUGACGGUGAUCGAGCAAUUUCAUUCGCAUUUGGAGCCGAUGAAGUUCCUCAACAAGGACACCUUUCACGAGCAGGUAUCUUUCAGCUACUCGAAAGGCGCACGAGACGAGUGGAAUAUUUUGAAAAUCGAUGGAUUCGAUACGAAGGAGGAUCCAAGAAGAUUCAAAUCCAUCCACUGUCAUCUCUUCCCACAUCUACCGAAUUGUCCGCACAGGUGAUGAUAUCAGAGACGACGAGAGUCUUUAAUGAACGAAAGAAGAAACGUGGAAGGAGAUUCGUUGACGAGAAUGCGUAUUUUCUGAAUCAAAUCCGAUCUCGAAUCGCUCAGAUUUUUUGUUUUCUUUUUUCAUCGAUCGGUAAUACGAGCCGAUAACGAAAUUAAGGCGAUAAGAUAUUCCCUUACUUCCUUGUCUUUCUUGCCGUUCGUAAUAUUUCAUGUAGAUAAGGAAGAUGCACGUUCUCGAAGAGCGUUAGACGAUGAUGCCUUUAACCGUGGAAAUAUUUGAACAAUUUGUACAUCAGUUUCGUUAACUCGCUUACACAGAAAGUAAUUAAGGUAAGAAUGUAAUUAGUCGUUUAAUUCUUCGUAGGCCCGACGUCUACUCGCUUUAAGCAUUUAAUGAUAAAUUUUAGUGAAUUUUUCUUUUUUUUUUUUUUAAGAAAAAUAUUAAGGAUAUCGACGUUUCGUAAGAUAAAUUUGGAAUAGUGAUUCGCAAAAUUGCGUAAUACGAUAAUCGAUCUCUUUCGCGAGAGUUAAAAUUAUCAUAUAUAUAUAUAUAUGUAUAUAUAUGUAUAUGUAUGUAUGCAUGUAUGUACGUACGUACGUAAGGAACUCGCAUAUCUUACGUUAAGAAAGCGAAAAAGAUGUAUUUAAAGCGCAUGAAUCGAGAAGUUUGUACAUAAUCAUAAAAUAGGCGACAAAUGACGUGCGCGUUUCUCGCGUCCGAGAAACGAAAUUAUUUCACGCUAGUCCAUCGCGAGGAGAAGUUUGUAAAUCGUUGGCGCCUGCAUGCGCGAGUAUAUUACAAAAGUGAUACAUAUCUGUACAUAACGAGUAAGAAUCGAUAGAGCGACAUGUUUGAUAUAGGCUCCUCUUGCGACGUAUAUGUUACUUUUUGACGGAAAAUCGAAGCGACGAGCGUAUGGUGUGCAAUAUGCGCGAUUUUUUUUUUCAGAAUAUUUGCCUGAAUUAUGGCAAUUUUUAUUUUUUCCAACUUCUCACUUGUAAUUGGGACCAAUAGUCGAAAGAUUUUUCUUCAUAGUUUUCUUUCCUUUUUUUUUUUUUUCUUUGCACCAUAGACGUUUCCUGUUUCGGAUAUUUUCUAAUUUAUUUGCAUUUAACGUAAGCCGAUUGAAAUAUUAAACGCGUAUGAAACGUUCGUGCGAUUCGAAUAAGAUGGAUAACGAAGAAAUCAGGUCGGCCUGUACACGUAGUAGAAAAUUUAUGGUGGUGCUGGAAACACGAGAUGUACAAUUACGUUGCGCAAUGAUGUUUUAUAUAAGCUGUACAUAAACCAAA